AUGCGCCAUGCGAUGCAAACAGUUGGGCACGAUGCGGCGGUGGAGACGGCCUUACCCUUGCUUUUUGGCUCGUGGACUCUGGAGGAGAAGCGUGUGAUUCAACCCCUGUGGGGUAUGAAACCCGUACGCCACGCGGGCGCCUUGGGUAUACCCGAUGGUUCAUCUUCCACAUUCGAGGUCUUGCUGAAACCUAAAGGUCGCCUGGAUCAACCGGUGGACAGCGCGGUGCGGGGCUUGGACUGGACCCUGAACUUCAAAGACAUGUACGCCACGGGCCGCUUGGAGUUCAAAAUCGUGCAUCCCCCCCCGGACAAGAAGUUGAUCGCCAACGACCAGAUCCCCCACAUUCAUUACUACUCUGGGACGUUUUGCGACGGUCUCAACCGUGUGGAGGGCUUUGUAGAGAGGUACGCGGAUAUCGAGGAUGAAAAGUUAGGACCGAUCCGAAAGAAAGUGAGGAUCGGGAAAUUUUGCCUUGAGAAAAAGAAGGAGGAAAAGGGGGAGGCGAAGGAUAGCAUGGUGGCAGCCAGUCUAUUGGCCUAG